UUUGCCGGGUGCUGUUGAGGGUACACCACUGCUCGCUGGAAACCUGCUGAAAUAUUACAUUUUUACUAGAAAUUUACUAUGUAGAAACAGCGAAAUGUUUUAUUCACAAGUUUUUACUUGCUAGUUGACGUCACAUCGAGAAACUACAACGUUGUAUCCACUGAAUGCGCUUCAGCUAGCAAGCUAGCAUCAGCAUCAGCAGUGUCGGCUAUGGCGGCAGUUGACAGCUUUUCGCUCCUGUACAGAGAAAUUUCUCGGUCGUGCAGCUUUUACUUUGAGACCCUGGCCCUGAUCGGGGCUUUGUACACGGCUAGCAAGGUAGUAAUCCUGCUGAGGGACUGCUGCACGUUGGUCAGGGUGCAUUUCCUGCCGAGAAUGAUCCCAAGUAAGAAGCUGAGGCAAAGAUAUGGCGACUGGGCUGUCAUUUAUGGUGCAACAGAGCCUGUAGCCAAAGCGUAUGCAGAGGAGCUGGCCAGACACGGUAUCAGCAUCAUCUUUGUCACUCAGGACCACACAUCUGUUAGAGACACCGCUGCAUCCCUCUCCCAGAGCUACGGAGUGGAAACUGUUGUUGUCUUAGCUGACUUCUUGCUGGACCAAGCGGCCAGCAAGCCCAUCAAAGAAGCCAUGAGGGGCAAAGAUAUCGGCUUCCUGGUGAACUGUGUGGAUGAGUCUUUGGCUUCACCCCAGAGCCUGAUUGAAAUGCCUGAGCAGGGAAUGUUGGAUUUGGUGAAUAGGAACGUUGCAGUUGCUACUCUGAUGACCCGGUUGGUCCUGCCGGGGAUGGUGGAGCGCAGUAGAGGCGCUGUGGUCAAUAUAUCAUCGGGUGCCUGCUGCAGACCCCUGCCUGGAAGAGUGACACUCACCGCCUCCACUGGAUACCUGGAUCAUUUCUCAAGAGCCCUUCACCUCGAGUACGGCGGCAAAGGGAUCUUCAUUCAGAGUCUGAUCCCUUUCCAGAUUGCCUCAAGCAGGCAACAACCAUCAUCAUCCUCAUCCUCAUCAUCAUCAAGCGAAGGCUGGUUUUCACCAAAGCCGGAGGUUUACGCUCACCACGCCAUCUCCACUCUGGGCGUUUCUAAUAGGACCACCGGCUACUGGCCUCAUACCCUGCAGUACGGACUGAUGCGCUGUAUCCCAGAAUGGAUGUGGGUUCUCAGAUCCCGUGUGUUCAUCAGUUCAAGCUAAGAGCUUAACCCAGCUGCUGGAUCUUGUUGUUACAGGAGUCAUGUUGAGUUUCAGCUUCUUCUGCCAGUAGUUGAAAUAUGUUCCACUCUCGCGCUCUGUUGAGGUUGGUAGUUAAGCGAUUCCUUUUGUUUGUUUGGUGUCAGUUUUCUAGGGGACCUGCCAAGGAGUUUGCUUGAAUCUGUUACUCCUGUAUUACUGGGUUCGGGUCUGACAAACCUUUGACAUCCUGAAUUGACUACACAAAUCUUAACAAUCCACUAAUAUAUUUCUUGAUGGUGGCUAGACAUGAGUUUGAGUUAAGACUGAAAACUUUUGAUUACUACUGGAUUAUUUGAUCUAAUUUUGUUGUGUGAACACUGUUUAGCACGAGCCUUUGCGCAGUGUUAGUCUUUGGAUCGUGGAUCUCAAAAGCCUGCUCCAUUUGCAAUAAAACUGAAUGUAUACCUAUUUUAUUUUUUAAUAUGUUGAAAAAAAGUUUCACACCAAAACAGUUAUUAUGCAGAACAGCGUACAAAUGCAAGUGAGAUCAAAAGCCAAACAAUGAUACAGCAGUUUGCAGCCGUAAAGAUAAGCUGAAUCAAAACAGACGAGUAAAAAGCAAUUAACACUUUAGUCUGACCUCUGGUAUUAUAUUUUGCCACCAAGUGGGUUCCUCUGAUCUCCUAUUAACCUGCAGUCUGCGUGAUCUGACUCGAAAACAAAAGGAAAAUUUCAAGAAGCUCUGAUGUUCACAGUGAACAAACACACACUCUAUAUUCAGGCUGUAACUGUUUUACCAGCUCUGACCAAACCCAUCAGACACAAUGACACACACACAGAACAAGUGGUAUUUGCCCAAAAAAUAAAUAAAUAAAUUACACCAUGUAAAGGUGCAAAAACAGACUGAUAACAUUUUUCUUUUGAAAAGCCUCUAAUUUUAUAGCUAGUGUGAAAAAGCUGAAUUAUGCAACAGAAAUGUAAAAUUUAUGAACAUUCUCCAAAUAAGAACUAUAUUCACUGAAGAUGAAAAAGAAACCUUUGUAACACAUACCCUGAAAGAGCAGCUGUAGAUCUGAUCAUAUUGUUGCACUAUAAUUAUGUCUUUAGUUGAUUUGGUUUGCUGGUCUAAUCAAAUAUAGAGUUCAGAUAGCAACGUGUGCCAGGGGGGUAUUAUACGUUCUGAAACAAAGAGUGUUUACAGGCAAAUGAAUGUGUGAGGGUGGAUGAAGAGUGAAAGCUUUAGGUGAAUGUGGUGCCAUCGCUCAAUAGGAGAAUCAAUAAUAAUAAUAAUUCAUUUUAUUUAUAUAGCACUUUUCAAGAACUCAAAGGUGCUUCACAGAAUAAAAGCAAUAAACAAUAAGCAACUAAUACAAAAGGAGACAACAUAGAAAUACAGCAAGCAGAUAAAAACAACACUAAAUAUCAAGAUAAGGACCAAGGUGGGAAAAGCAGAGCAGAACAGUUGAGUUUUUAAUUUAGAUUUGAAUAUUGCUGGGUCUGUGGUGUCACGAAUAUAUUGUGGGAGAGAGUUCCAGAGGGUGGGGGCAGCGACAGAGAAGGCCCUAUCCCCCCCAGGUUCUGUGCUUGGUCCUGGGGACGAUCAAGAGGUUGGAAUUAGCAGAGGUACAUGAAGGGGUGUAGGGGUGGAGCAUGUCUUUAAGGUAAAAGGGGGCCUGGUUAUGGAGCAGCAAGCAUCUCCUGGAGGGAAGUCAAAAUGCAGUGAAGAGUGAGAUCAUUGUAUAUUUUGUUCUAAAAUAAUGCUUGUGUGUAGAAUUUGAACAGUUUGAGGUGUAUUGUGUUAAGUGAUUACUCAAAUAUACAGUACAAUAUAUAAACAUAUUACAUCUGCUGUAUGUGUCAUCGUAUCACACAAUUAAACCAAUAAAACUCUUGUUCUAUUCCCACA